UUGUGACAGAGCACACCUGCUUGAUCUCCGCCGUCGAGCGCUCCCGAGUCCAAUUACCGCAAAGGCCCGAGAAGCCGCUUUUGCGCUCCCUCAUCCCCCCGAAAAAACAAACCCGACUGGAUUUUUUUUUUCUUCCUUUUUUUUUUUCGGGGAGUCCAACCUCUGCUUUUUCACCUUCUGCCUCCACCAGGAACAGGCUUCCUUCCACUAGCAGCACCAUGAGGUCAGCGUGUCUCUCUCUACUCCUGGUCACCGCCUGCUGGGCGCUCCCCUUCCGCCAAUCGGGCUUCCUGGACUUCAUGAUGGAGGAUGAGCCCGGCUCGGGUCUGCCCGCGGUGCCCAAAGAGGUGGACGAAACCGUGAUGUUUCCCGAAGGACCCCGGUGCCCUUUCCGCUGCCAGUGCCACCUGCGUGUGGUCCAGUGCUCUGACCUCGGUCUGAAGGAGGUUCCCAAGGACAUACCAGACGACACCACUCUGCUCGACCUGCAGAACAACAAGAUCACCGAGAUCAAGGAGAACGACUUCAAGAACCUGAAGGGGCUGCACGCGUUGAUCCUGGUGAACAACAAGAUCAGCAACAUCCAUGCCAAGGCCCUUAACCCUCUGACAAAGCUCCAGCGCCUCUACCUGUCCAAAAACAAUCUGAAGGACAUGCCAGCCAACAUGCCCAAGAGCCUGCAGGAGCUGCGCAUCCACGAGAACGAGAUCACCAAGAUUAAGAAGGCCUCCUUCCAGGGAAUGUCCCAUGUCAUCGUCAUGGAGCUCGGAUCUAACCCCCUGAAGAGCGCAGGGAUCGAGUCCGGCGCAUUCGCUGACCUCAAGAGAGUCUCCUACAUUCGCAUUGCGGACACUCAGAUCACAGAGAUUCCCAAAGGUCUGCCCAGCUCGCUCGCUGAGCUCCACCUGGAUGGAAACAAAAUCUCCAAGGUCACCGCCGAGAGUAUGAAGGGCCUCAAGCAGCUGGCGAAGCUGGGUUUGAGCCACAACGAGAUCAGCCUGGUCGAGAACGGCACCCUGGUGAAUGUCCCCCACCUGCGGGAGAUCCAUCUGGACAACAACGCCCUGACCACCGUGCCCCCCGGCCUGCCUGACCACAAAUACAUCCAGGUGGUCUACCUCCACGCCAACAAGAUCGGCGUGGUGGGAACAGAGGACUUCUGCCCCCCCGGCUUCAACACAAAGAAAGCCAUGUACUCGGGCAUCAGCCUCUUCAGCAACCCCGUCCCCUACUGGGAAGUGCAGCCCAUCACCUUCCGUUGCGUCUUUGACCGCUCUGCCAUCCAGCUGGGCAACUACAGGAAGAAGUAGAGAGGCCGUGUCCCCGACGCCCGCCAUCUUUCACCACCACAACCGCCACCACCGAGGAAAUGUGCAUUUGUAAAUGAGCGUGUGAAAGUGUGUAAGUGUGUGUGCGAGUGUGUGUUUGUGCGUUUGACCACUGACCGUCAACCCUCUGAUCCAACUUUCUCCUGAUGGUGGACAUGGACCUCAAGCACAUUUUUUUUUUUUUUUUUGGUUUGUUUGUUUUUUUACAUUGUUUUUUUCCUCCACCGUUAUUUAGCUCGGCUUCGGUUGGUAUUAAACGCGGCUUGCAGCACACAGCCACUGCAAAUCAUUGGUAGAGCCGUAAUAUAUUCUCACACUCAUACUGUAGCAUAGUCAUGUGCAUCAUAUGGGACACAUCGGUUUUUGUUUUUUUGUUUUUUUUUUUUGCUUUUGUUUUUUUUUUUUGUAGACGAGGCCUGUGGAGCAGGCAGCAAAGCCGAGAAUGUUUUCAGUCAUUUCUGUUUUCACGAAAGCGUGACUUCCAUGGCUUCCUCACGCUUGCUACUCGUCUUCUCUUCCGCUUUUCAAUGUCCGGUGAGAACCAAGGUUCCUUUCUAAAUUUAGAAUAAAAGAUAUAUGUUUUAAAUGUCACUCCCAAAGAAUUAUAUGCAUGCUUUUAUUUUGCAGUUUUCCCGGAAUGUCUUUUUGAACGCUCUUUCCACUGCUACCCCAUUGUUAGUUUCAAGAGAAGGGUGUUUUGUGCACCUCGACGUUGGUGUGAAUAUUGGAUGUAUAGACACUGUAUAUAAAUGCUGUAUAAAAACCUCUCAUUGCAUACAAAAGGCACUAGAACUAAUCACAGCUUAAAUUUAUCAUUAAUUUAUCAACAACAAAGGCGUUCCUCUUAAUCUCCAGAGCAGGGGGUCUCCCGCCAAAAGUGUCCUGAAAGAAUAAAAACCCUCAUGGAAAACCUUUGAGAUGGUUGUAAUGACAGAAAUGACCGUGCAUUGUCGUCAUCAGUCACUUCCAGCGAAACGAGACCAAAGAGAUGGUAAGAUGGUCGCAGAUGAUGGUGCAGGACUCCAGGAGUAGACCGCAUCCUGGUCCACUAGCGGGCAGGAAACACCACCUUAGCGUUGCCUAACUUUACGUGACCAUCUUUAUGGUCCGAGACAAAAAAAUAUUGACACAAGGAGCACAUUCAGCCUCUGUGAUCUGCGGCUCUCCAGAGACUGUGGGAAUAUUUAGGUUAAAGAAAUGAAGCGGGAACACAGUGGGCGGGACAAAACUGUUAGCUUCAAACAAGCCUUUGCGAUCAGAGAGUCACAUCGGUCUUUUGCCGCAACAUCUGUAAAGACGUCUGGUCAUUUGAGCCGCAGGGGUCAAACGAACCUUUACUGAGACCUCGACUUCUGAGGACCAAGCCUGGAUAGGUGGCUCCAUCUAGAGAUGGUCUAAAACCAAGAAGUGCUUCCUGAUCUCAGUCAGGACAGCGGUGGCGAGUGGCAAACCAACGUAGGCUCACAGAGCAGGCAGACAACAAGAAGGUGCAAGGGUUGCGGGGUGAAGCAGAGUCCUUUUCGGGUUUUCGUGUCGACAUAUAGGGACACAAACCAGCUCUGACCAGAAAUCUUCUGCUUUUCCUUUCGGCUUGUCCCGUUAGGGGUCGCCACAUACCCCGAUGAGCUCCAGCCACCAGAUGGCAUCUUUCACUCUGUACUACGUAGAAAUACAUGUGUUUUUUCCUUUCUUCUGACAGCUUUGAUUUCCCAAAGAAAUUGUCUUUUAUCUAAAGCACAUAUUUCACGUCAUUUGGACAUCAAUUAAAAACUAUUUACAACUAU